UUCCCUGCGCUCCCCGCUGCGGCCCGUGCCCGCCGACGCGGCCCGGUAGGGUCAAGCGCUGCCCACCCGAGGGAGCCCGCGCACCACACUCGCCUGACCCUCUGCCCAUCCCACAAGCCAGGCACCUGUACCAGGAGCCCACUGAAUCCACUAGUAACAUAACAACUCUUUUGAAAACGAAACAUCAUGAGCACUUCAGGAGGUAAUGGAAAAGGGAAACCUUUGUCAGCCAGUGAAGAGGAGCGGAAAAAUGUCCUGAAGCAAAUGAAAGUGCGCACUACACUGAAGGGCGACAAGAGCUGGAUAACUAAGCACGAAGACUCGGACGACCAUGCUGUAGCGCUUCCCUCGGGACAAAACUACGCCACACCCUCAUCAGUUGGAGAGGGAUCAAAUGCCAGUUCUCCGAACACAAAGGCUCCUGCUGGUUAUAUCAUCCGGGGAGUAUUCACCCGAACAAUAGACAGCUCAUCUAACUCCCAACAGCACCACUCUAAGACCAAUGGAGCUCCAAGAAGUGCUUCUGGACUGCCGGGAGCAGCUAAUUCUGCUUCUGCUCCUCACUCUUCUGCUUAUAAGAUGACUACGGAAGAUUAUAAGAAAUUGGCACCGUACAACAUCAGGCGCAGCUCCACAUCAGAGACUGAGGAAGUGGAGGUGCCCUUCACCUCAGAUGAACAGAGACGGAGGUCACAAGCUGCAAGUGGUGUUUUGAGAAAGACGGCCCCACGGGAACACUCUUAUGUCCUCUCAGCGGCUAAGAAGUCCACUAGCAGUCCUACCCAGGAGCUGCAGGCCCCAUUUAUUGCAAAGAGGUUUGAUGUGGAUGAGGAUGUGCCUCCCGAGAAAAAACAGGAGCCCCCUGCUCUAGCACGAUCUGUUUCUGGCAGUGUAAAUGGAGGAAGAGCCCACGUGUCUCAAGCAAUUCUACUUGGGUGCAUACCAAGUGUUCCCAGCCCCUCUGGAAGCCAGGAACCCAGUUUGAAAACUGAGGAGAUCGUCCGUUUGCAGAUCACAACCCCCAGCGCAGGACUCCGCCUGGUGGCCCCAAACCUGGAAGCCCUGAGGCCUUCCCACAAAACCAAUAAAGCAUCACACUCUGAAGACUUCAACAGAGAUUCAGCUUGUGAGGCUAAGUUUAAGAAUUGCAACACAGAUUUGGAAAGAUCAGCUGCACAGUUGGAUGGUGGCAGCAAGGAACCAGAAGCCCCAGAAUCCCCACCAGAAGGUUUGGCUGGUGCAGAGCAAAAAGGCCCCUCAGCUGAUGGGGAGAUGAACAUGGCUCCCAUGACCAUCCAGGCCUGUCAGGAGACAUAUGGUACUACAGAAGGCGGCCAGGGAGACCCAGAUGUGGCCCCUCAACAGCCUGCAGAUCCCAGCACCCCGGAGCUGGGGAACAACUCUAGUGCACUCGGUCAGCUCGUCCCAUCUGAGGCCCGUACCAGCAGCACUCCGGCGGUCUGUGAAAAUGUGACCCCCAAGAUAUGUGAGGCCUGGCAGGAGACACCUGAGGUCCUACAAGGUGGCCAAGGGGACCAAGCUGUGUCUAGUCAAGAACUUGCAGAUCCCAGCACUCCAGAGCCACAGAGCAGCCCCAGCGGACCCGAGCAGCAAAUGAAACUGGAUAAUACCAAGCUGCAGAGCCCUUCAAGCUUCACGGUCACUGUUAAUGUUGCUGCCGCUUCUGAAGAGCUGCGUAUGCCAACUGCCUCAAGUGAGCUGGACUUCAGCUCAACUACCAAAGGGAUUCUCUUCGUGAAGGAGUACAUGGAUGCUACUGAAGUGGCUUCUGGAAAGCCAGUGUUUUCGCACUAUGGCAGUAGCAGCAGCAUUGAGGACUCACUGAACCUGGAGAAGAAACCCCCACAUGAAGGCACUCCACCCUCCGAGAGAACAACUGAAGGCGCCUGUACUUACUGCAGCCAUGAGAUUGGAGAUUGUCCAAAGAUUACCCUUGAACAUCUUGGCAUCUGCUGCCAUGAGUACUGUUUUAAGUGUGGAAUUUGCAGUAAACCAAUGGGUGAUCUCCUAGAUCAGAUCUUCAUUCACCGUGACACCAUCCACUGUGGGAAAUGCUAUGAGAAGCUCUUCUAGGCUGAACAGAAGCUGAUGAGUCCCAGAUGCAUUUGGCUGUUUAGUCUCCCCCACCUGGUUUCACUGUACUUAUGCCCACCUUGUACUGAAGUAACACAUCUACUGUCGUUAUCUCAAUGAUGUUAUAAUUACACAUGUAUGGCCUCUUAUACCUUAGAAAUGCAAAUCCGUUCAGAGAAACCCUGUCUCGAAAAAAACCAAAAAAAAAAAAAAUGCAAAUCCGUAUCUCAAUUGCUCCCAGGAUAAAGGACUCCACUUUGACUUCCCUAAGAUAUGUUGGCUAUUGAGUGCAAUGACCUGGUAUCUUAGACAUGAGCACAAGUGUAGGUAUCAGUGUAUGCAGACUUUUGGAGGCUUCUGAGGGGCCAAACCAAAUGCUGUUGACGAUCCCUGGUAGGGAAAUUAUAGGCAUUGAAAUGCUAAGGGCUGGAAAUAGGCUAAGGUUUAGCUUGUCUAUUCACUGUAUGUGAGUGUGUAUUUUAAUUUCUCAUACAAUUUUUAAAGUAGUUGUCUUUGAAUUAUGUAGCAGAUUUAAAUUACCUCCUCCCAGUCUCUGAGUUUUUCCAGUCAGGUAUGUCAGUACAUAUUGGAAAGUUUACCCUGGUUUAAAUUUGAUAGGAUACAAUAUUAGGAGGCUUCUAACAAAAGGGAUCUGUGUCUGUUUGAAUUUUGACAGCUAGUUCAAGUCUUUACCCCCAGUAUCCUUCUUCCUGGACUUUACAUAGAAAUUCUCUGAACUGCCUCGGGUGUGUACAUCUCAAGACUGAAGAAAAGAGAUAAGGUUUCUUGAGACCUCACCACACACCAGGCUUCACCACAAAGCACUGGCUUCUAAACUUUGUAAUAGUCUCUCAGAUUCUCAUCUUAGAAAUAAAGAGAAUUGGGAAGAAUCCAGUAGAAACAAUGUUGUCUCUCUCUGGAGCCCAUACUUUCUCCAGUAGGGACACUGGCCAGGCACUGUGUGGAGGGUCCCGAUACCUACCUGACACCCUGCCCUGAGACAUACUCUUAGAAAUGGCAAGUGUGAAAUUCACUCGUCUCCCUCCUUGAAGCAUCACAAUAAUGUAAUCGCCAUCCAGUGGAUGGUGCAGUUGCAGUAGUGACUUGUUUUCUGGUCUUGACUGUUUCAAGCCAACAUCAACUUCUAGGUCCCCAGGUACUCAAAGCGCUAAAAGCUGAUGCCUGGCAGAGCAAGGCAGGUUCAUCCCUGCAGUUUGCUCACAGACUGCUCUGAUUCAGCUUCACUCUGCAGCAUUAAAGUAAGAUCCUUGAAAGCAAUAAUAGCCCUCAAGAUUUGGGGAUACAAAAUUGAGUCCUCUUCAUUUGAUUUACUUAUAAAAUAGCUCUUCUCUUUCUUCAGAUUCUGAGUCCCAAUCACAUUUAAGCAUGGACUUGUUCUUCCUAUCAAGUUAUCAGAGAACAUUCUAUUUAUUUGUGUAUUUAUCUGCUGCAUGUACUCUGAAGGGGAGAAAGAAUACAGUAUGUCACAUCCCCACACUAAUUAUCAACUAGUCUUUCUCAAGUCCAUCUCUAGCACGGAACUUGGCAGAUGGUGGGCAGUAACAUAUGGGUGCCAAAUGAAUUAGUAAAAGUCUCCCCUUUGGUUAGAAGUGUUACUUGGGAAUCUCCUUGCAGGCCUCAAAGAUGGGAUCCAAAGUAAAGAGGCCAUGGUGGAAUGGUUUCUCCAUCUUAAAGGUGUACUCUAUCAUUUAAGCAGUUUCAGAAAUAUGGAAAAUACUCAAAGACAGCUUGCAAUGUUUUAGUAUUGAUUUGAAUUCAAAAUAGCCCUUUUCUCUCAAAAAAUUCUGCAAUUAAGAGGGUUGGUUUUUCAUUAUUUUCUUUUUAAUUGCUUAGUUUCUAGUUAUAUUUGCUUAAUCCACAUUAAUGUAUGCAAAUUAUAAUAAAUGUUAAGA